UUGCCGCCGUUACCGAGAUAAACUUGCGACAAUUUCGACCAUUUUCAUGCGUAUCGGCGUAUCUGAUCUUUCAAUCUAGCGAAAGUUCACGCGACCCUACGCGAUCUCUUCCGUAUCCGAUGAUAUCGCGGAACACUUUCUCAAUAUUAUCAGAAGUUCCUUCUUUCUUCUUUUGCCUUCUCGUUUUUCUUGCGAAUCCAUGAAGGCAGAAUGCGACGCAUGCGUCGCGUGGCUGGACCGGCCGAGCUUCUCGUGCACUCGCAAAAAUUCUCCAGUUAGCGCCGCGACGCGCUCGAAGGAGCUCUCGUUCGUCGGACGGUAGUCGCAAAAACAACACAAACUUUUGUCACUCUUGCGGCCGCGAAAAAGAGGGGAAACAGAUCUGAGAUUAAAAAAAAAAUUAUUACGCGAGAAAAUUAUUUCCCGGAAGUAAUGCGCGCGAUGCAGCCGCGAAAGAUGCAACCGGUACGCAUCUCGAGGAUAGCGAGGAAUAACACAGCUGCCGCUCGAGGAUGGCGGCGUACAAAUUAUCAGGAAGAACACGUUCAGAUUCCUCGGUGAAAUAAGCAGAUAUCGAGAGUAGUAAAUCCGCUUAUUCGGGCCGACCGACUUGUUCAGAACUCUUCGAACUUCGAGGUGCUCUCGUGGCAAAAUGAAACUUUUGUCACACCUGUUGCACGACAAGUUUGACAGAUGUUUACGUCAUAAUGUGAAAUUCGCUUCGUGAUUCGUCAAAUCGCCAUUUUAACGAUUCCAUUCGACGAAACGUUUAUAAAUUUACGCAUAUCGUUUCUAAUUUUCUCAAUACUAAUCUUUUUCUUAAGUUCGAUACAUGCAAAAUGUCAUCGACUCGUCGCGUCGUUGGAAAAUUUCAAAAAAAUGUGCUUGUUUAUUUAAGCUAAUUACGACUUGUGUGUGUGGACUAGAUGCGCGAGAUGUGCGAACGACGGUUGAAUGAAAGAGUUCGAAGAUGGACUCGCGUAUACGGUGGGACGAGAAAACUUAUCGCUAAUUGUAAAAGGUUCUGAAGAGAAUAAAGGAUAGCGACAAGAUGAUGGACAUGUUCAACAUGAGUAAGAUUCGAAAUAUCUGUCUACUACCGGAGGACUUGGACAUGCUGGAGGAUCCUCGAACGCCUACUUUGAGAAGGAUCAGUUAUGGCAUUGUGCUGCCGACCAUUUGUUGCUUCGGCAUCAUCGGAAAUAUCUUGAAUCUUGUUGUCCUCACGAGAAGAAAUAUGCGCGGCACCGCUUAUAUCUAUAUGCGAGGUUAUUCCGCGGCGGCGCUUCUCGCGAUUCUGUUCUGCAUCCCUUUCGCGCUCAGGGUUCUUACCUACAAGGAGAUCGGGGGAUGGAGCAGCUGGUCGCAGGCCUUUUAUCACGCUCACCUCGAGCUCUUUCUCGGGAAUGGCUGCCUGGGGGUUGGAGUAAUGAUGCUUCUGGCAUUGACAGUGGAGCGUUAUGUAAGCGUCUGUCACCCCGGACAACACACGCGACCACUCUGCGGACCACCUCACCUAACAGUGGUGCUCAUCCCCCUGGCUACAUUUCUCGUUUAUCUGCCAUGCGUAUUUCGGGGUGAAAUUACGACCUGCCUGCUGGCGCCAGGCGGUCCCCUUAUCUACCAGAAGGGAGAGAAUCGGACAUUUCUUCAUUCAUGGUACUUCCAGAUUUACAAGAUAAUGCUGGAAGUCGUUUUUAAAGUGGCACCGACGAUCCUUCUCGCCGGAUUCAAUCUGAAAAUAAUGAUAGUGUACAGAAGAUCCUGCGAACGACGUCGAAGGAUGACUUUAUCGAGAACCAUUAGCAACGAUGAAGAUCCGAGAACUUUUGCCGAAGAACGACGGCUCAUUCUGCUCUUAGGCAGCACCAGCAUCCUAUUUCUGGUCUGCGUCAGUCCUAUGGUUAUCUUAAACGUCACUCUCAGCGAGAGUAAUCUCAAUCAUUACUCUUACCAGGUGUUCCGGGCGCUGGCCAAUCUGUUGGAGGUGAUCUAUUACUCCAUCACGUUUUACAUUUAUUGUCUCUUUUCCGAGGAUUUUCGCAACACUCUGAUACGUACUCUGCAGUGGCCAUGGCUCAAGAGCAAUCAGGGUGGUAGAAGUCUGCCCAUGAAACAUUCCCCGAUACCGCGACCGACGACAACUACGACAACGCCGCCGACCACUACGGUCGCGACGCCUGGACAUCUGGCACGUGCCAGCGUUUAACACGGAUUUUUUGCCACCGAAGUUUGGCGUCAACCGAUCCAUGAUGUUCCGCCAAACGGCGCAAAAAAACGGACGCGAAUUUAGCACGAGGCUGCCGUUGUACCGCGAAAAUCUAGAUGAAUUAUUAUAUGAAUAAACGCUCUCUGUAAAAUAAACCGAGUGUCUCAACAAUAUACGAAAAUGUCGAUUGUACACAAUGCCGUUAAACAAUUUCGCUUACAUGUGUACAGAGGCUUGAUAGAGAGAUGUAGUAGACUAUUGUGUCUUCUGAUUCAAUAGCCAUCGUUUCUUUUUCUUCGGCCGAUAAUAUAAUUAUCGACGAAAAGACAUCAAAUUGUGUACGUUAUUAUUUUUUCACGACGUUCUUUAUGAAUCACUGAUUCUUACGAGUCGAUCUACGAGUAUCCGAACUAUGUGUAUCCUGUGUACCAGUAAACUCUGAAAUAGUUAGCAGACUACCGGAACAGCCGCAUCCGCGAAACAUUCCUACGUACUAACAGCUAAAGCCGGGUAUGUCUACGUACAUGGUUACUGCUGGUAAAUUUGAAUAUCUGACUCCGACAAUCAAAUCGAUCGAUCUGAUUAAAUAGCUGAUAUCUAAAUAUUUCUCUCUUUCUCUCUCUUGCUCACUCUCUCUAUCAAACAAUAUACAUUUAACUCGUUCACCGAUUUUACGAGAUCAUGAGCUUUGAAAUCGGAUUCGACGAAUUCUCACAACAACGGAAAUACGUAAAAAAAGGGAUUCUGUGUAAACCGUCCGUCAGGGAUCUCGUGGGACUCUUUUGCGCUCUGAAGUACAAGUGGAAAAAAGUUUUUAGCGUUGUCAAUCGAGUUUGCGAGAACGAGAGCAGGAAAAGGUGCAGACAAAAGAGAAAGAGAGAGAAAGAGAGAAAGAGAAAGAAAAAGAAGAAACCGCAGACAGGAAAGAAAUGUCGCCCGUUGAGAGCCGCCACAAUGCGUUUGUGUGCAUUGUGACCCCGAGGAAUUUAUCAGAAUUCACGUGGGGACACGACGACAAGACUUGUGCAUUGAGUCGCGAACGAUCGCCGUUGGAAAUUAAAGGCAAGAGCGCUGCGAAAAAAAGACGAGAAGAAAGAAUCAAAAUGUGUCAAGUACCUGAGACCGUACAAUGGAUUUUUUUCUGCAAAAAUCCACGAGAAUUGAAAUCGAAAUGGAAGGAAUUGCAUUGAUUUCGAAGUCACCGGAGACGGAAGGUAAAAAGGUGUAUCAAAGUUCCUCCGCCUGAAAAUUUAAGAUAGCAAAUGAAUUAAUAAACGCGACGUCGAGAAAUAUUUUACGCUACGCCGUGAAUUGUCGUGAUUUAUUUCUAUGUGAAUGUUUAUACAAUUUAAGUGCACUGCUCCGAGUGGUGAUGAAAAUUGCGUCUCAUGUACCACAUUAACGUCAUUAAUCUUUUAUACGCGAUAUACCUUUGCUACCGAUAAGUUACGUAUCGUUCGAUUAGAUCUAAGCAAUUUAUGUGUAAUGUUCGACCAAGGUGGGAAUUGAAUUUCAACGAAGUCCACCUUUCCGCACCGUAUAAAAGGAACGAGAAAAGGGUAUCGUGAUGCAAGCGAGCGUACACGUAUCGUUGGAUUCGGCUUUCGAUUUUAGCGAAAGGACCGGCUACCGGCUACGAUAA